AAUAAUCAUACAAUAUCUAAUUUGUGGUUAGAUAAGACAAUCAGACUCUUGCAUUCAUUAACGAACAUGUUAUAUUGCGUAUACUUUUAAUUUAGGGGGAUUGACCUGCACAUUUUGGAGAUAAGGGUAAAAAUGCAAAAAUGACAAGUUGGAGGUAUUUUUUUUUGCAAAAACCCUUAAAACACGGGCCUUUUAUGUGUAUAAAACGAGGAGAUUAGAUAAUAAAAUACAUUCCAACAACUUAUAGAUUGCUUUCACAUUCACCAAACGUUCUACAGUCAAAUUCGAUUAUGUCUCGUCUCAACGCACAAGAACUACAUGUUUUCCAUGCUCAAGAUAGAGAUAUAUUCUCUAAAUUGGUCCUCAAAUUCUUAAGACCUCCGGCUGAGUCACUUCUUGUCAUGGCCACAUGGCUUUGGCUUGAGGACUUUGGCUUUGAAAACAUUUUCUCAAUCAUCCUCACUCUCCCAGAUCCACUCAUUGUGGGUCUUGCUAACGAGGCUGUCUCAUGCUUUCGGUGCCUUUAUUUCAGCAAUCCCCCAAUUGGCCGAAUCCCUCUCACCGCAAAAUACAUGAAAAAGAAUAUAUCACUCCAAACAAUCUACAAAAAUCGCUAUAGUGCUAUCACAGGAAUCAAGAACUUCUUAACCACUGUUUGUUCCAGAAUCUUUACCGACAUCCUUUUACGAGUUCUUCCAUCUUCUUCAAUGCCUUCCUUUGACACAAGACUUCGCCAACCUCGUAGAAUCCCCGGUUUCCCUCAUCCGAUUUUCGGAAGCAUCAACGUGAUGCCUAUUGAAGUUGAUAGAGAUAAUUUCUCCAACAACUUAUUUUUCAUCCCACAUGGUCUAUGGGGCUGGAACGCUAAUUGCAUCGCCACUGAGAAUGAUCGGUCCUUGUUUUUAACAUUUUCUCGUGGUUAUCCAGUGACUCAUGCAGAGAUAUUUGAGCUCUUUACCAAGGAAUAUGGAGAAAAUUGUGUUGAGGGAGUUUACAUGCAGCAUGACAACAAAAAAUCUCCCAAUGCAAACGCGAAUAGGAGCUGCGGGCAACAAUCAUUAUUCGCGAGGCUUGUCAUGGACUCGGUUGCUACCGUGGACCGCGUACUCGACGGCGAUCAGAGAAAAGAGCUUGAGAUAUACGGAAAGAACAUUUGGGCUCGUAAGUACGAGAAGAGGGAGUGAGGGACAAACCUACCUAGCUAAUUGAUCAGAGCUAGAAGAAGAUUUUAUUUUUCGUUCCGAUACUUUAGUGAUGUUAAAGUAUUUAUCUUAUGUUGUAGUCUAAUAAUUAAAAAUCAUAUGUAAGCCCAACCACAUUUGGCUGCUUCAUUUUGAAGGGAUU